AUGCCUCCCCGAGUGCCCCUUCUCUGUACCUCUGCAGGAAGGCCCUCGACGCCAUUCCUGAUCCCUAGCGCUACUUCUGGCCCCUCUGAGCGAGGAAAGGGUGUCCUUGCUGGCCCCGACUCGCCACCUACAGCAAGGGGGAACGGGCUCCUUCAGAGGCCUUGCUGCUCCUUCCUGGACCUGACCUCGGGAUGGGUCCUCCACUACCAGCGCCAACUCUCCCCGGCCCCACACACUCGUAGAAGAGGCAGGGGUCUUCUGGCGGCACUCCCGACUCUCCCUCGCCUUGUGGCCAGGGGUGGCUCCUUCGGAAACAUCCCCAAUUCUUCCAGACCCCAGACACCCGCGGAAGCAGGACUCGGGGCUCUCUCCUCGACCUCUGCCCUUCCUAUCCCAGCACACUCCCCCCCACCCCCACCCCCGGCAGAGGCGGGGGAGGGGUGUUUCCUCCGACUGAGGAAGACGACAAGGCGCCAGAGGUCGCCGACACGCACCAGCCCCCGGCCCCGCUCUGCCCCCGCCGCUCAGCCCGCUCGGCUGCCGGCCCGGCCCUGCCUGCCCUGCCUGGCCGGGGCGCGAGCUCCGCGGGCCUCGCGCGGGGAUAGCGGAGCCGGGCCGGGCCGCGGGCCGCGGCGGGCCGGCGAGCUGGGGCCGGGCCGGGGGCGCGGCCUGCCCCUCACCUUCCCCCCGGGCUCGCCGCCCGCCGGCGGCGGCGGCAGCGGCCACGGCGGCCACGGCAGCGUCGCCCGUCGCCCCCGCCCCCGUCACCCCCCGCGGCGCCGCGACGUCCGCUCGCUCCCCGGCGGCGGCACGCACGGGGCGGGAGGCGCCCCGCGGAGGCCCCCCCUCGCCUCCCUCCCUCCGCGCUCGCCUGCCUCCUCCGCCGCCGGGCCCCGCUCCCGCCUCCGCCCCCCCACCCCGCCGCAGCCCGCGCGCCCACCCUCCCCUCCUCCUCCUCACCGUCUCCGGCGGGCGGGCGGCGGGCGGCGAGUUCGGGAGGCCGACGGAGCAUGCGCAGAAACCGCCGCUGCCGCAGCCACCAGCGCCGCCAGUCCGGGCUUCAACACUUCCGGCCGCCGCCAGGGAGCUGGCGCCUUAAAGGGGCCGCAGCCCUAUUUGGGGCCUUCCCGCGAGAGCGCUCCCUUCCUCCUCCCUUUUUCCUCCUCCCUCUCGGGAAACCUCCCUGCGACGCCGACCGGAGGAGCCGGGCUCUGCGUGCUGGUCCCUCUGGAUGCCUACGGAGGACGCCCACCUGCACAGCCCCGUCCUGCCUGA